GCACAAGUGUUUGGUCACAAUAGCGACGCGGUAGCACGCAGCUUCGCCAUCUUUGCAGCUCUUUGUGCGCCACUGCCUGCUUAGAGUUUGUGUCCUUCCAUCGCGUCGUUCGUUAACGCGGGUUUUAAUUCUUUUGCAAAUAUGCAAGGAAACAGAGGCCCCCAGCAAAACCACGGACCGAACCGUCCGGGAGACCAAAACAAACCCGGAGGAACUAACACCAACGGCCAGCAGCCCGAGCCCAGCGAUCAGACGAACCCCAAUGAGGCCUUAACCCUGGACCUGCAGAGCUUUAGAAAGCCGGGGGAGAAAACCUUCACGCAGCGCAGCAGGCUGUUUGUGGGAAACCUGCCAACAGGGGUUACGGAGGAAGACAUCGAGAAGCUGUUUGGAAAGUACGGAAAGGCGAGUGAGGUCUUUGUCAACAAGGAACGAGGCUUCGGCUUCAUCCGGCUGGAAACCAGGAUCAUAGCAGAGAUCGCUCGGGCCGAGCUGGAUGACACCCCCUUCAGAGGCAGACCAAUACGGGUGAGGUUUGCAACACACGGGGCUGCAUUAUCUCUGAAGAAUUUGCCCGAGUUUGUGUCCAAUGAGCUGCUGGAGGAGGCCUUUGCUGUGUUCGGCCAGAUCGAAAGAGCUGUGGUCAUAGUGGAUGAUAGAGGCAGACCCACGGGGAAGGGGAUCGUGGAGUACACAUCAAAGCCAGCUGCUAGAAAAGCCUUGGAUAAGUGUGCUGAUGGUGCCUAUCUCCUCACAGCCUUUCCUCGGCCGAUUACAGUAGAGCCAAUGGAACAGUAUGAUGAAGAGGAGGGCCUGUCAGAAAAGCUCAUAAACAAAAACCAGCAGUAUCACAAAGAGCGCGAGCAACCACCUCGUUUUGCUCAGCCAGGCUCCUUCGAGUACGAGUAUGCUAUGCGCUGGAAGGCUCUGAUGGAGAUGGAGAAGCAGCAGUAUGACAUGGUGGACCGCAACAUGAAGGAGGCUCGGGAGAAGCUGGAGGCCGAGAUGGAGGCGGCCAGGCAUGAGCAUCAGGUGAUGCUGAUGAGGCAGGACCUGCUGAGGCGGCAGGAGGAGCUGCGGCGGAUGGAGGAGCUUCACAGUCAGGAGGUGCAGAAGAGGAAGCAGGCUGAGCUCCGGCAGGAGGAGGAACGCAGAAGGAGAGAGGAGGAGAUGAGGAUGCGCAAUGAGGAGAUGAUGAAGAGGCAGCAGGAGGGCUUCAGAGGAAACUUCAAUGAAAACAGGGAACAAGACAUGAGGAUGCAUAUGGGUGGCCAUGGGAUGCCCAUGAACAGAAACUCUAUGGGUGGUAAUUCUGGUACUGGCGGUACUCCUGGCAUGGCUACUGAGAAUACUCCAAUGAUGCCAGGGCCAGGGAACAACAACAUGCCUGGAGGAGGCCAGGGUGGCUUCCCAAGAGGCCUCCCUGGACCAGGAGACUAUGGACCUAAUAAGCAGCGUAGAUUUUGAAUUGUAUAUUUUUGCCCAUUUUCAUACUCACUGUAUUUUAAAGUCGGAGUAGUGAGUGUUACAUCUGAACAUGAACGGAAUGCAUGAUGUCUUUUUUUUUUUUUACUUUUUAUUUGUACUUUUGAAUUUUGUUUUAGUAGGUAAAGAAGUCAAAACUGUCUGUUUGAGCCAUGAGUCUUACUUGAUUUUUCAUAGGGGUGUAACCUUUUUUUGUCCUGUGUAUGUUUACUUUUCUGGAAUAAAUUCUAAAUUCCUCAAGAGUUUUA